AAAGUGAUAGUAGGGAAAAAGCCAUCUCUAACCCAACUGUAUUUCACGCGAUUCGAUCAAAUUAAAUAAUAUCAAUAUCUCGAAAAUGUGCGCCCUGCGACAAGUGUACAAAAUAAGCAUUGGAGUGGCAAGAAGCGCACUAUUAACCAAUAUUCGAAAAUUGCAACUCGAGGCUUUAAAUCACCCACAAUUCCAGUUGCAAUUUCAACGUUUUGCAACCAAAACACAAACAGCUGUUUUAAGCAGCAACAACAACUUCACGUGCAUUUCCCGGAAUUUACACUGCAGCAAACCGGUGGAAGAUGCGGAUAAGACGGUGGCUACCAACAGCGUGCCCCUGGCAAAGCUGGAAUCCAAGAUGCAGCUGAUCUACACCUGCAAGGUGUGUCAGACACGAAACAUGAAGACCAUUUCGAAGGUGGCCUAUCAGCGCGGCGUUGUAAUCGUGACUUGCGAGGGCUGCUCCAAUCAUCACCUGAUCGCCGACAAUCUCAACUGGUUCACGGAUCUGGAGGGCAAGCGAAACAUCGAGGAGAUUUUGGCGGAGAAGGGUGAGAAAGUGGUUCGCCUGUCCGACGGUAACUGCGAAUUCCUGCCCAAAAAUGAUUAA